GUAUAUAUGACUAUAUAAUAAUACUCAUUAUAACUGACGUAUAAACUUACUUAAUUAUAAAUCAUAUUAUGCGAUGUUAAAUUUGAUAAAGUUUGUAAUUAUUAGAAGGGAGGUCAUCGUGGCUCUAUAACCUAUAUCGUGUACUGGUUUAUAUUAUAAUUGUUCACACUUAACCAUCCUGUACCUAUGAUGGGCUAUUAAAACGCUAUACCCACAUAAUAUUCAUUAUUCACUGUUCAAAUAUAAAACUGAACUCAAAAGAAUCCAACGACUUCAUUAUGUAUUUUUGUCUGUAACAGGUGGUAGAAGAUGUUUUAUUGGUAGGCGCCUAUGCCCUGUGUAAUAUAGUGCAAUAACGCAAUAUUAUUAGUUAUUACAACAUUCAAUACACCUAAUUGUCUGUACACAAUAUCAUCGUUAGGUAUUGUGUGUGCUGUUUUAUUAAUAAUAUUAUUGCGUUCAGUCAUAGCACGGAAUACGCAAACCGGAAAUAGGAUUAAUAGUUUGCAUUAUUUGCGCAGCUGAUUGACGUAACAAAAGUAAACAUGUAGGUAUAACCGAAUAGGUAGCUAGGUAAUGGGCAUUAUAACAGGUACCUCAUUUGUUUUCGUCGUCACGCGGUUGACACGAAAUAAUAGAUAUUCGUUGAUGUCCCUAACGUCGGCGAAAUAUUUUCCACUCCAAAGUCUUGUGACGGCGGUCAGUAAAAAAAUUACGUUUCGAACAGAGCAUAAUAUACAAACACGUGCGACUAAGAAUCGAAAACGAAAAUUUUUUGAAUUCGAAACUUGUGUGCUCCUACACAAAUGGAUCCCAGUAUGAUAUAAAAUUGUUUAUAAUUACCGGAAUAGGCGAAAUGUUUGUCGCCAUGAUAAUAUUUUCGUCGGCGACGGUGAUCGAUGACAGCUGCAACGCAUAGCUAUGACGUCGUUUGUUUAUAUUACUAUUAUUAUUAUAAUUAUCACCAUUAACACCUAAUUAUUCUAUCCCUAUUAUAUUUCCUUGUGUGUAAAUCUUUUUUUCUUAAUGUUCGUCGUGCGAAAAGCGCAAUGUUCUCGUUUCGACUAACUUUUUUCGUUCACUGCUACUACUACAAUGUUUUUUUGUACUACCAUCUGUUCGUACCGGCUGUCCGGUCGUCCGACGGCCCGAGGAAGAGGACCAAUGAAAAAAUGGUCGGCACUGCGACACGGCACUUAGACGAGUUUAAAAUCAAUUGUUUGCACCAGUUCACUAAGAAAGAGCUGAACGAGCACGCGGUGGCUCAGUGGAAUUAUCAAGUGAACAAAACCGAAGCGACGGAGCACGAGGCCAUGAGAUCUUCCAUUCGAUUGUUUAUUUAUCAAAAGCUACUUGUAACGUCUGCUGAAAAUAUGUCUGUAGCUUUCGGCAUGAGCUACGAAGACCUGUUGCCCUUGGUGUAUUUUGUGCACGACCGCGGCAUUUGUCAGCUGAACACGGACGAGUAUAAGACAACCUUAAUGCUGAAGAGGAAACUAAAAACAACGAUUAACGAACUAACAGUCUGCGAAUACCGGAAGACCAAUCAUCCGUGUGACGUGACAGCGGACGAGAUAAACGUAAUUAUGGCUAGCUCAUCAGACGCAAUAGAGUUAAAAUACUAUUGGAAAGCUUGGCACAAUCACACCAGCUACGAUGUGAAAAAUAUCUAUAUGAAUUAUAUUGAAAUGUUGAACUAUAUGGCCCGGCUGAAUAGGUUUUCUAACGAAGUCGAUUACUAUAUGGAACCAUACAACUCUCACAAUCAAGGCCAAUUGAACGCCGAUCAGAUGUACGAAGGUAUAAGACCGCUGUACUUGCAUCUUUACACGCACGUUCGUAAAAUUCUCAGGGAAAAAUUUGGAACGGCUACUGUGUCCGCCAAUGGACCCAUUCCCGUCCAUUUAUUGGGUUCAGUAUUGGGUCAACCAUGGACAAAGUUGAUACCAUUCAUGGUUCAGGAAUUCGUCGUACACGAGAGUGGCAAAACACACUCUAUGACUCCUGCAAAGCGGCUGUUUGACCAAGCUAAUAGAUUUUUUGUAUCGAUUGGUAUGGGAUGUGUGCCGAAAAGUGUUUGGUCCCAUUCGGUAUGGAAAGAUAAUAAACAUUUUUCCAAUCGCCAACCAUCGUCUUGGGAUUUGUACGCAAAUAACGAUUUCAGGAUAAAAAUGGAUGUCAAGGACACAGUCGAAGACGUGUAUACGAUGCACAAGCAACUGGGUUUAGUUCACUAUUUCGCGGCCUACAAAAAUCAGCCAAUCGCGUAUCAGCAUACAUCCAAUCCAGCGUUUGUUUACGGCGUGAUAAACGCACUGACGCUGUCCGUGCGUUAUCAAGACUUCAUCGGCAGGUACAACGACAGCGCGAGCAGUCGGAGCGCCUACCUGUUGCGGUUGGCCAUGGAAAAGGUCGCCGUCCUGCCGUUCGCCUACGCCGCCGACGUCUGGCACUCGGAAGCGUGCACGAGCUCUUUCGCGCCGAAACGCAUGAACGAUCACUGGUGGAGCAAAAGGCUCAAAUACGAGGGCGUUGUGUCGCCUAUUUCCAAAGACAUGGACAAGUGUAUGAAUCCCAAUUACAAACCGUUUGAUCCGAGUGCGGCGUACGCUGAGGUGAUAGAGCUACCGCACAUCAAAGACUUCCUGGGACCAAUAAUAGAAUUCCAAGUAUUCAAAGCGUUGUGCACAAUUUGCGGCGAGUACAAAUCUAAACACGCAAAAACAAAACACUUGUACGAGUGCAACCUUCGUGGCUAUAAAAAAGUCGGAAAAAUUAUCAAAUCAGUCAUGGCAAGUGGCUCUUCGGUGGAAUGGAAAUUUCUUUUCGAGACAAUAGUUGGACACAGACGAGUAGAAAUAGAACCGUUGUUGGAAUAUUUUCAACCCCUUCACAAUCAUCUUUUAAAAACCAAUCAGGAGACCAAUGAACACAUUGGAUGGAAGUAGUUUUUACAAUAACAAAUUAAUUAAUAAAAUAUGUUUUAGGUAGGCGUCAUAAAAAAUAAAAGCGCAUUUUAUAUAAUAUAUAUAGCAGGGCUUCAAACCGGUUAAAACUAACGUACCUACCUAUACUUUGUCAACACAUUUUAUUGGAAAAUGUUCAUAAACGAAACCACAAUUUAUUAGCUUAUAGAACGAAAACUAAAUAUUUAAACAGAAUUAUUUUUUGCUCGACUUGAGUUUUAAAUGUGCAGGUAACUCUGUUUCUCAUUUGUAGUAGAAGUAACGGCGUUAUAUUUUAGCUAAAUUCAUAAGUUAUUAAUAUAUAUUUAAACAAUAAUAGUAUUAAAUAUUGAAGUUUUGAAUUCAUAAUGACCAGGUUUUUUAAAAAGAAAAAAUUAUAAAAUAAUGAAAACCAUAUAAUUAAAAAAAAAAAAAAAAAAACAUUUCGGUUCGAAACCCUGACCUAUAAAAUAUUAUAUUCAUUAUAGUAAAAACUUAAAAGUAUAUUAUAUCCAUUAAUAUUGUUAGGGGCCGAGAUGCAUUGCAGAGAAAUAAAUAAAUAAUGAAACAGUGACAAAAUGGUUUAUAGUAGGUAUACAAUAUUUCCGUGCCUCUCAGUCAGACGAAUGACUGCUUGCUCUGCUGUUUUGGCGGCAUUCAUACGGUGAACACAGAUGAUCAUAAUAACAGUGUUGACAUUAACCGCAAUAACUUUAUGUACUUGGAACACAAAAUAUGACAAAUGUCACAACAAUGUUAUUGUAAUAUGCUUUUACUGUAAAACAUUGCGCGUUAUUGCAAUAAUUUCUCAAACUUGCAUGAUUCCGAUAAAAAAUAUAGCUACGUAUUACUGUC